AUGAGGACCCUUUACUGGAUACUGGAUAAAGCUAAAGGUUUGCCCACCGAUGCCCCUAAUAAACCCCUCGCGGCCUUUGUCCCGUUGGUCGAAUGUUUCCUCAUGAACGCCAAGCGCGAAUUCAUCGUUGUCAAGCGCGCCGAAUUCAAAGUUGAGAACAUGGACGGUGAAGUCCAAUCCCAUUGCUCCCAGACACCCAGGAACUGCUCCACCUGCCCCCGGAACAUCUGCAUCAGCUCAGCAGCAUCCUCGCCUGCAACCCACCCAGGCUCAGCCGGACUGGCCGCACCCAUUGGAGGCGCAAUCGGAAGACUGGCAGCUGGUCUACUCAUCAUUCUCUCCCUCUGGAUCCUCUACAAGCGGAACAUGCUCCCGUCCUGCUUCACAGCCAUCUUUGAAUCCAGAUCAACCAAAUCAUUCUCCAAAAAACACCCCCACCGUCUCAGGAACAACAACCAGAAAAAGAACCGCUUCCUCCAAUCAAACAGCCACAACCUCAAGUCCCAGAACAAGCUGCCCCACCAAUCAGUCAUCUAUCUGCCAACAGAUACCAGGGACCCCAAGACGGCAUGGAUAAUCGAAUCAGAUGCCGAGCCUCCCUCCUCCACCUCCUUGACCAACCUGCCCAGCCCAGCAGCCGAACAACACCACCGCGCCUCCUCCUUCUUCCUCACCCCUGGCCAGCCCUCGCCCACCCAUCCCACGCCGACCGCCCAGCAGCACCGGCCGAUCCGGCCCCACCGCGCCCCCGACCUCGACCUCCGACUGCCUGGGACGGCCCAGGUAGAGAGCGACGAGGCCAAGAAGAAGGAGCUGACGGGAGGCGCCAAGCCGGCUAACAACAACUCGUACCUCUCCCCCGGCCAGGACACCCAGCAGAGCAGCCUCUGCCGGCUCUCCGGCUCCGCCGACGCCACCACCCACAACAGCCAUCUGAGCAGCAUCCUCGACCCCGCCAUGAUCGUCACCCCCGUCACCCUGGUCGGGACGGCCUUGGGAAGGCAGGCCGCCGUCCAGCAGGUCGCCCUGCGCGGUCAGGAGAAGGCCCGCGUCGUCCGGCUGCCCCCCAGCGGCCACCCCCACGGAACCUCCCCGCUCUUGCUCUCCAACGGCACCACCUCCAGCACCAUCCGCUCCCCGACCGCCAACGUCCGCGAGACCUUCGGCUUCUUGCCUACCACGCCCGGCAUCGGCCGGGCCCAGGACACACUGGCCCGCCCCCACUCUGCUCACCAGCCCUUCCCUUCCCUGUCCAUCCACCAGGCCUUUGACUUUGAACACCCGUCGGCGGCCGGACUGAGAGGCAGCACUCUUGACCCGUUUUCAGAUCUCUCGGCCCUGGCUGUGAUGGACAAAAUGGGGCAGGAGGAGGAGCAGCACAACGAAGGCCGCGAAGACAUCGGCAGUCUCCCCAGCAACAACAAGAACGAGCAUGUGGGCAGGAAGAGCAGUACCAACCUGCGCAGGGCCCGCUUGACGGCCGCCUACUCGAUUGCUAGCUCCAGCUUUGGCGGCAGCAGCGUCUGCGACAGCUUUAUCGAAGACAAGGAGGUCGAGUUUCCCACCGUCCUCGGCCGCUCCGCCGCCACCCUCGCCCAACGCAUCCUCGACAACAGCACGACCAGAUGCAGGGCGCGGCCAGCGAGACUGCGCAUCACCAUGUGA